UAUAUUGAUAAAUGUAUUGGGACACCCCUCCAAAUCAUUGGAUUCAGGUGUUCCAAUCACCUCCAUGGCCACAGGUGUAUAAAAUCAAGCACCUAGGCAUGCAGACUGCUUCUACAAACAUUUGUGAAAGAAUGGGUUGCUCUCAGGAGCUCAGUGAAUUCAAGCAUGGUACCCGUGAUAGGAUGUCACACGUGCAAACCCGUUGCCAUCUGUGAAUUUUCCUUCCUACUAAAUAUUUCACGGUCAACUGUUAGUGGUAUUAUAACAAAGUGAAAGCAACUAGGAACAACAGAAAAUUAGCCCGCCACUGGAUUCUAGAGCAGUGGAGAUGUGUUUUCUGGAGUGAUAAAUCACGCUUCUCUGUCUGGCAAUCUGAAGG